GACGGGAUAAAAUGAAGUUGGUUAGAUUCUUGAUGAAACUGAAUAAUGAGACGGUCUCUAUCGAAUUAAAAAAUGGAACAGUUGUCCAUGGCACAAUUACAGGCGUCGAUAUGAGUAUGAAUACACAUUUGAAAACAGUAAAGAUGACAGUAAAGAACAAAGAUCCCGUCAGUUUGGACAGCCUCAGCGUACGUGGAAAUAACGUUCGAUGCAUCAUCCUUCCAGACAGUUUACCCUUAGACACGCUCUUGAUUGAUGAUACACCCAAGUCAAAGAAAAAGAAAACCGAGGAUGGCGCAGGUCGUGGACGUGGACGUGGUUUGCGUGGUGGACGUGGAUCUGCGCGUGGCAGAGGCAGACGUUAAAUUUAUUAAAUAAAAAGAGGAAAAAAAAAGAGAAAGAGAAAAGCACAUCUUUUGAUAUCGACACUAUAAACAAGGAGAAUUAUAAAAAAGCCAAGGAGAUACUC